AAGCCUCCUCUUCGCCUCCUUCAGCUCACAGUCCGUCAGGAACUCUUGUCAGCGCCAUCGGGACUUUGUCGCUUCACUCGAUUGGACAGGCCUACCGGGACUUUCCUUCCGUCAUGAUUCGGGUUUCUCCGCCCGCGUUUGUGUUGCUACUGUUUGCGCUCCAGGCUGCUGCUGUGCUGAGUGCCAACUCUGGAGACAAUCUGGUAAGAAAAAGAAGAGAAUGGAUUCUCCCUCCAAAGCCACUGAAGGAAAAUGCAGACUAUACUCAAAAAGAAUCCAUUGCCAGGAUUCGAUCAGAUUUUGAAACUGAGGCAAAUAUUGACUACUCUCUAGAAGGCAUUGGUGCAAACCAAUAUCCCUUCCAUGUGUUUGUAGUUGACCCUAAAACUGGACUAAUUCGUGUGACCAAAGUCCUUGACAGGGAGCUCAUCGAUACGUACAAUCUGUCAGGUGUCGCUAGGUACAGCGAUGGCCGCCAUGCAGAGAAAAAAAUUGACAUACGAAUCAAGGUUGUAGAUGAGAACGACAACGCUCCAGUGUUUGGAGUCAUCAAGCCGGGGGAGGUGGAUGAGCUCAGUCCUGCAGGGACUUCAGUUAUGAAAAUAACUGCAACUGAUGCUGAUGAACCAGGGCAUGAGAACUCUCAGAUCGCUUAUACCCUCGUAGAUCAGAAUCCACCUCAUGACAUGUUCUCCAUUUCCAGUGAUGGGAUCAUCUCCGUCAAAAAUUCUGCCCUGGACAGAGAGAGAGCAGAUUGCUACAUUCUGACGGUGAGAGGUCAAGACCUAAAUGGCAAACCAGGGGGAAACAGUGGAACCGGCACUGUUACCAUUCAUGUUCGAGAUGUGAAUGACAACCUCCCUACUCUGGAAAAAGAGGAGUACGAGAGCAGCAUUGAGGAGAACACACAAGGUGUGGAAGUGAUGAGAAUUAAAUCAGAGGACCGGGACCUGAAGAACACAGACAACUGGGAAGCUGUGUUUGACAUUGUCAAAGGCAACGAGGCAGGGUACUUCAGCAUCAGAACAGACCCCAACACCAACGAGGGCAUCCUAAUGCUUGACAAGGCUGUGGAUUAUGAGGAUGUGAAGGACCUUGAACUAGGACUAGCUGUGAGAAACAAGGCUCCACUGUAUGAUGGAUCUAGGGUAAAUGCUGUAGCUGGUAUAAGUUUUGGAGGGGGAGCAAGUGGUGCAAGUGGUGCAAGUGGUGCAAGUGGUGCAGGAGGUGGGUCUGGAGGAUCAUCAUGGCAAAGUGGGACCACAUUUAAAACCUAUCCAAUCAAAAUCAAUGUAAAGAACCAGCCUGAGGGGCCACAUUUUGACCCCAAAGUCAAAGCUAUUCCCAUCUCAGAGGGCGGCCACUCCAUCAACAUUAAUGAUGUUAUUGCCCACUACACUGCAAUAGAUGGAGACACUAGGAAACCAGCUGAGAAUGUCAGGUAUGCCAAGGGCUCAGACCCUGACAACUGGCUAACCAUCGACCCAAAGACAGCUGAGAUCAAACUGAACAAGAUGCCUGACAGAGAAUCUCCAUUCCUGGUCAAUGGGACAUAUUUUGCUAAAGUACUUUGCAUUACAGAAGACAUGCCUGCUAAAACAGCCACCGGCACCGUAGCCAUCCAGGUGGAAGAUUUUAACGACCACUGCCCCACCCUGACCAGUAACAUUCAGACUAUGUGUACCACGGAUGAUUCUAUUAUUGUGAGCGCUAAAGAUGAGGAUGUAUUCCCGAACGGACCUCCUUUUGACUUUGUCAUCGUCCCAGAGGGCACUGAGGGCAAAUGGAAGGUGGAGCAUCUCAAUGACACUGCAGCUAUCCUGAGAGCCCAGGAGUCCAUGUGGCUUGGUUUCUAUGAGGUGGAAUUUGUGGUGAGGGAUGGGCAGGGAGAGGCCUGUCCAGAACCACAGAAGGUGAAAGUCCAAGUUUGUACUUGUGAGGAUGGAGUGGUGUGUGGGAAACGAGGAGCCCAUGGUCAGCCCAGCAAAGGAGCAGAGUUAGGACCUGCAGGCAUCGGACUCCUAUUCCUGGGCCUGCUGCUCUUAUUACUCAUUCCUCUGUUGCUGCUCUUUUGCCAAUGUGGGGGGGCUGCCGGCCUGCCAGGGGGCUUUACUGAGAUGCCUUUUGACACCAAAUCACACCUCAUUAACUACCACACUGAGGGCCAGGGAGAGAAUACGGAAGUGCCGCUACUGAACAUGCCAACACAACUGGAUGGAGAUAUGAUCAACAUGGGUAUGGGCAUGGCUAACAAAACUUCAGCAAUGGGACCCAUGGCAGGCUUGGAUUUCCAGAAAUCCGUCACUUCCAUGGAUGGGAUGAACGGGGCCGUCUAUCAAGAAGGUUUUGCAAGUGGCCACAGAGAUAGGACAUGGGGGAUGAUGAACCAGCCGAGUGGCAGUGGCUUCUACUCUGAGUUUGAGGGCAGAGAAUCAGGAGUAGGUGGAGGAAUGUAUGAUGGCAUGGCUCUACCAGACCACUUCCUGGGACAGUACUACACUCAGAAGGUGACCAGUGGAAAUGAGAACCUUGGUGUGAAGGACGGUCUUUUGGUUUAUGACUACGAGGGCCAGGGUUCCCCUGCUGGCUCAGUGGGCUGCUGCAGCCUCCUCGAGUCUGACAACGACCUGCACUUCCUCGAUGACCUCGGGCCAAAGUUCAAGACCCUGGCUGAGGUGUGCGGAGGCAAGAAGACCCCAACUGAAGUCAAACAACUGUUCACUCCUCUGCCAAGUGCCUCCAUCAACACUCAGAGCUCAGUAUCGAGUUUGGUGACUGCCCAACAGCUGCCUCCUCCACCCAAGCUGCAGCCGGCCAUCCCCAAAACAGGGCAGACUGUGGUCAGGGAGACAUCUGAGCAUUCUCAGAUGGUGAAGGACAGCACAGCCACGGUAAGGGAAGGGAUGACCACAGUGAAGGAAGGGGUGGCAAAUCAUGGCCAGAUGCUCCUGCUACAGCAGCAGCAGCCUGUUUACUACACCACCACCCCUGUGCUGCAGCCGAUGCACUAUGUAGUUCAACCACAGAUUCAGAACACUGUGUUGCUGACUGAGGCAUCAACCAACAUGCAGGGCAUGGUACUGGUUAGCGGCACCCAGACUGGACCUGCCCAAGGUGUGGUCGUUCAGGGGCAAACAGUGAUGUCCAGCAGACAAGCCCAGGUUCCCGGCAUGGUGCUGGUGGACAAGAGCAGGGUCCAGGGGGGUGGUGCCAACCUGAUCCACACCGGCAACCUCUCUGGCUCCCAGACCAUGAUGGUCGUGGAGGGCAAUGUCCCUGCAGGGUCAAUGAAAGUGCUGAAGGGGAGCCAGACCUGCCACGUGCAGGGGGGCACUCUACAGGCAGGAGGGCUUUCAGGAUCUCAGAGAGUCCUGGUGGUUGGAGCACCAACAAGCAGCAGAGGGCAGCUGGUCCAGGAGGCAGGAGGUCUGUCCCAGAAGAGUGACGUCUCUGGCUCUCAAAGAGUCCUCUACAGCAAGGGCAGCACAUCCGCUGGCUCUCAAAGCAGCGUGGUGGGUUCCUCUACCACCACAGUGAGCACCACUCCCACCUACCGCAAGGUGGUGGUGCAGGAGACAAGAGAAAUUAAUUGAAUGAGAGUCAUUACAGCAGAGGAUCUUUUCAGUGAUGCCAAAUAGAUUGUUCCUCUGGCCUGGUCCUGGUGAUGAUGGGAUGUUUGUGGAACUCAACUAAUGUAAGACAUCUAGUGGAGAGAGGGCGGGUUCAACAAAUUUGACAAUACAAUUCUCCAAAAAAAGUUUGUCAAUCCCAAAUGAGCAAGCUCCUGUCAAACAGUGCCCUUCCGAAGGUCUGGGGGCAACCCAAACAUUACAGUACAUGGUCAACACGCCAAAUAAAAUGGAAUAAUAACAAUGGUAGCUGACCCUCCAAAUCUGUAACUAUCCCAGCUGACCUAUCUAGUGACUCUACCAUGCCCUACAUCUCUACUGCUAUGGACUUGACUUGGGCAUAAAGCACUGCAGCAUAGCUUUUUUCUUCUUUUUUUAAACUUUUGCCUUCUUUGUCUUUACCUCUCUCUGCACUGACACAUAAUGUACACACAGAAUACAAGGUAUAUUUAUUAGUCAUUCUACAACACAAGGCUGCACAAUGAAAUGAAAGUUGUAGCCCCCUUCAUGCUACACAAAGAACAUACAUAUAAUUAUUUAAAAUUAGAAUAGCUCAUCAUGUUCAGUAUACAAUUAGUACAUCCUCAUGUUAUGUUGUAUGUUGUCUCUUAUUAUAUUGCCUUGUAUUGUCUCUUAUAAAGUUAUAUGCUGUCUGUUGUUUUGCACCAGUAAAAAAACAAAAAAACUUAAAGGCUCAUUUUGGAACAUAUUGGAUUUGGUAGAUUAUUUUUCAGUGGAUUAGGUUGCUAUAUAUGUCACCUACAGCAGCUGUCAUCACUAAUGAGCUCACAUCCUCCUAUUUUCAAAUAUCAAGAGACACGAGACAGGGAGACUCAAAAAUUAAAAUUAUAAAAAUUAUAAAAUUUCUUGGAGUAUAUAUCAGCUGUCCAAAAUGACAAUGAAAAUACUUGGGUAUCACUGUCUGUCCUGUGUUUUCUCAUCUCUGUAAACUAAAUAUAGAGCCCAUUCUUCAAAAUUUCAGUUUGGAUAUUGGCAGGAAGUCGUCCUUACAUUAGACAACAUGGGGUAAAGUUCAUGUUAUUAAGAUGAGGGUUCUUUCUAAAUUUUGUUAAAUCUUACAGUCCCUCUCAAUCAGGAUCCACACUAAAUACUUCAAUCAAUAUAACACACUUCAUAUGUAAUUGGAAGCGACCUAAAGCUCAUGUAACUAAAUUUAAUAAGAGUAGAAGAGUAGAUUGGUGUGGAGUGGGGCUGUCUAAUUUCCUUCUCUAUCACCACUCAUUUCAUCCCUGGCAUUUUAGUGCCAGGGAGGGACUAAGGCAAAGCACAACCAUGUUUUGUCUUAACUUUAAUACGUCUAGUUUUUUAAAUGGAUGGUUGUAUAAAAAUAUUUUACUGCAAAAUUUGAAAAUAGUGAAAAUGUAGGCUUCUCCAAAAGGGACAGCAUCUGCCUUAUCACAAGUAUCUCUAGAAAUAAUGAUCCAAAUGUUACCACAUUUGGAUUGGAUGUUCACAGACAGUUAUUGCAUACAAUAAUGCAGAAGAUUUAUUCCAUACAUUUGUCCAUUUUUGAAAUAUAUACACUUAAACACACAUGAAUGAUACGCGGAAAUUGAAUAGAAAAUUAAAAAUCCAAAAGGUGUGUAUGUAUAUGUCAUUAUUAACGUAAGGAGACUUCUUCUAUUAUUCUAUUUAAAAAAAAUAAAAUAAAUCUAUGUGGUCUUUGCUGGUAUGGGAAGAAUAUCAUGGCUUAUCUCGAAACUGGAAAUAAACGCUUUGAAGGGUUGAAACUCAUUGUUUGAAAGCAUGAAAUCUAAUAAAAAAGCUUUUGCAAGAUUGAAA